CAAAAAGAACAAAGGCGGUCUAAAAAGUACGGAGCAGUUAUUUAGUUCUAUUUGUUUAUAAACUUUUUUAGGAUUCUCAACAUGACUUUAAAGAAGAAAAGAGGACCCAAUACGCCUCAUGCUAAGUCUUCAAACCCUGGAAAUUCCAAAAAGUCCAGCGCCAAGGCUGGAACAAAGUCUCGAGGAGGAGAAAUGUUGGGCUCAUUCAAUGGAGUUGGAUAUUUCAUGUUGGUGAUAUUUCUCGCUUUUUGCGCCGGAGUAUUACAUAGCAAGCACGUUUCACACAUGUUCGAAAAUGAACGAUUCUUUUCGCAUCUUUCUGCGUUAGAAAGAGAACUGUCCUUCAGAACUGAAAUGGGCCUAUACUAUUCCUAUUACAAGACAAUAGUUGAAGCACCUAAUUUUUUUGAUGGUGUUUAUGAUAUCAUGCACUGUAAUGUUACUGAGUUUCCAGACACUGUCAACACUCUUAAAAGAUUUAACUUAUAUCCAGAAGUAGUAUUGGGCUUCAUGUUUCGCUGCUAUGAACAAUUAGCCAGUUAUUUUAAUUAUCAAACUAAAGUUUGUUAUACGGUUAAUAGAGGACAAGGCCUACCCCCUGUACAAAGCUGUGAAGGUCUUGGAGAAUUGUCAUUUUUCUACGUGUUUUUUAUCUUUUCUUUGAGUGGUCUCAUGAUGGCUUGCUUCUUCAUUCUAUGUUAUUAUCUAAGUGGUAGCAUUCUUGGAGGCAUUCUUGGAACACUGUGCUACUUUUACAACCAUGGUGAAGCAACAAGAGUCAUGUGGACACCACCAUUAAGAGAAAGCUUUUCUUACCCUUUCCUAGUAGCACAGCUUCUGGUUGUCACAUACACAAUCAAAUCAGUUACAGUAAAUUGGUGGAAUAUAUUACUUGUUGCUGUUACUACCAUCACAUUCAUGAUACCUUGGCAGUUUGCACAAUUCGUUCUCCUAACUCAGACUUGUGCCCUGUUUGGACUUUAUGCCUUGAGGUUCCUGACAUCACACAAGCUUUGUAUCAUUCUUUAUGGACUUGCAAUUGCACAUGCUGUCAAUUUUGUUUUCCAAUUUGGUAAUUCUAUGCUUCUAAGCUCAUUCUUCUUGUCAGCCUUAAUCUCAACACUGGUCAUUGCCAAACUUGAAACACCCAUAAGUAAGCUGCCAAACCAGAUUUGCAUUUGGCUCGUGCAAGCAGUAAUAUUCGUAGUAGGUACCUUUUCAAUAAAGAUCUCAAUCGCAAAAUCAUUGGGCAUUGAGGAUGACGCGCAUAUUGUUAGUAUUCUCAAGUCAAAGUUCUCCAACUAUCAAGAUUUUCAUACAUCACUUUAUACGUGCGCUCCUGAGUUUGAUUUUAUUGAACGAGAGACGUUCACAAAACUGUCCAAGACACUGCUUCUGCCCGCCGCCAUACUUUCUCUUGCAGUAGUUUUAAGCAAGAUUGCUAUCGAUGAGUGGAAGUUUUGGUUUGGUACUGGUACAAAGUCCGAGACAAAAGAAGAGAAGGAAGAAGAGUCACCGAAUGAUGUACAGCCAAAUCCAAAACCAAAUGCAGAGUAUUUCUACCACGUAUUACAAGCUAUUGCUUUUAUCAUGAUGGCUGUUAUAAUCAUGCGCCUCAAGCUGUUUGGAACACCAGCAUUAUGUGUCCUCGCAUCUUUGCUAGCAUCAAGAAAGUUCUUUGGUUUUAUUGGCGAUAAACGAAGACAUCAGGCCAUUGUCAUUUGUCUCAUCGCCAUGAUGACGGUACAGGGAUACCAAAACCUAAGAGUGCAAUUCAAUACAUCAGGGGAGUACAAUAAUCCCGAUCUCGAAGACUUAGUUGAGUUUAUCACUACAAGAACAUCAAGGGACUCGGUAUUUGCUGGUGCAAUGCCUACUAUGGCUACAGUUAAACUGUGCACGAAACGAGCCAUAGUGAAUCAUCCUCAUUACGAAGAUGUGGGAAUAAGAGAAAGAACACACAAGGUUUAUCAGAUCUUUAGUCGCAAGCCUCCAAAAGUCGUAUGGAAUACUCUGAACUCAAUGGGUGUUACUCACGUGAUCGUAGACUCACAAUGGUGUUUAGGGAGACCAAAGCCUGGUUGUGGUAUGGUGGACAUGUGGGACCGUGAGGACCAAAAAAACAGAAACAGGCCAGCUUGUUGUAUGUUAAUCGAGGAAAAUCCUGCACCUUUUAAGAAAGUCUUUAAAAACAAGAAGUAUUCAAUAUUUCAGUUGCAUAGUAAAUAACUAUUUAAACUGCUAAAGUAAAUAAUUCCAUACAAAUCAUUAGAUAAACGUGAAUAACACUAUAAAAUAUAAAUAAAAAUAUAUAUAAAAUAUACGUUGUUAGGCAUCAGUAUACUGUCACAAUCAGAUGUAAAGCUAUUUUUUGUGAAGCACUUGUAGCAGCUAGUUUUACGGCUUUUUUUACUCCGACGAAUAUUAAACAUCCAACACUUCAGUAGUUACAAA